CCUCUUUUAACACAUUUGGGCGCGAGUGAAUUGAAGAGACUCCACCUACCUCUUUUCUUUACAUUUCCUCCACAACUUCACCAACCCAUGAUAUGCAAUCAGUAUAACAUUACUAUUGCUGCUAUAUAAGCACGUUUACCUAUACAAUUAUUAGCUCAUUAACAGCAACGAUACUCCCCGCUCUUCAAGAAUCCAUCAAUCCAAGAAUGUGUUCACCUUAUUAGAUUCUGCUGAUGCUGUUUUCAGAUUGACCUUUCAGAAUUUGUUGUUGCUGAGCUAAAAUGGCAGCUCUUAAGCUCUCAGGUGCAGUAAGGAUUGGAACUAGUAGUAGUGAAUGUGCAAGAAGAACCUUAAAGAAAGUUUUUCUAGUCAAGACUUCAACAAGGAAUAAUUAUGUUGGAUCAAGAUUUGUGAAGAGGUCGAGAUUAGACAAUGUUGUUAAGAAUUGUGGGUUAGUGAGUGAUGAACAUUCUGUAGAUUCUUCUAAUCUUGAAGAAAAAUUUGGCUCAACUAGAGACCAACUCUUAACUGAAGGAGCAAUUGCAUUGCCAGGAACUUCUACUGAACAAUUCCCAACUCAGGAUGUACAAACCGAGCUUAUAAUGCUUUCUUUGCCUGCUAUUGCUGGUCAAGCAAUUGAACCGUUGGCACAGCUUAUGGAGACAGCUUAUAUUGGACGAAUGGGUGCAUUGGAGUUGGCAUCAGCUGGCAUUUCUGUAUCAAUCUUUAACAUAAUAUCGAAGGUGUUUAACAUCCCUCUCCUGAGUGUGGCAACAUCAUUCGUGGCAGAAGACAUCUCCAAGUAUGCUGAUGAGGACUCAGCUGCUGCUGAAAGAAAGGCACUUCCAUCUGUCUCCACUGCCUUAGUUUUAUCUGCUGGAAUUGGUCUGAUUGAAGCCGCAGCAAUGUAUCUUGGUACUGGAACCUUUCUCAGCAUCAUGGGUUUAUCAACGGAUUCAACCAUGCGUAUUCCAGCAGAGCAUUUUCUUAAACUUAGAGCGCUUGGUGCUCCAGCUGUAGUGCUUUAUCUGGCUGUGCAAGGCAUCUUUCGUGGUUUUAAGGACACAAGGACCCCUGUAAUAUGUUUAGGGUUAGGGAAUCUGUCAGCUGUAUUUUUCUUUCCCAUCUUCAUGUAUAUUUUUCAACUGGGCAUCACUGGUGCAGCCAUUUCUACCGUAUUAUCUCAAUACAUUGUGGCCAUUUUGAUGUUAUGGCAUCUUAAUAAAAAGACUGUAUUGCUGCUGCCAAGCAUUAAGAACUUGCAACUUGGUGGCUAUUUAAAAUCUGGUGGUUUUCUUCUUGGGAGAACUCUAGCUGCUGUUCUUACAGUAACUUUGAGCACAUCAAUGGCGGCUCGAUUAGGAGCAAUACCCAUGGCGGCCCAUCAGAUAUGCCUGCAAGUAUGGUUGUCUGCCUCGCUAUUGGCAGAUGCCCAAGCUGCAUCUGGUCAGGCUCUCAUUGCAAGUUCUUUUGCAAGACAGGACUACAGCCGAGUUAAAUUGAUCACACAUGUAGCUUUAAAGACUGGAUUAGCUACUGGGGUUUUGUUAGCCAUUAUUUUGGGUCUGUCCUUUCCUUCUUUUGCGAAGUGCUUCACAAACGACUCUCAAGUUCUAGAUAUCGUUAGAUCUGGUUUACUGUUUGUCAGUGCCAGUCAACCCCUUAAUGCUCUAGCCUAUAUCUUUGAUGGGCUCCACUAUGGUGUUUCAGAUUUCCCAUUUGCAGCUAUCUCCAUGAUGAUCGUGGGUGCACUCUCUUCAGUGUUUCUGCUUUAUGCUACUCCUAUAAUUGGUCUUCCAGGAGUUUGGUCGGGUUUGACUAUUUUCAUGGGAUUGCGCUCUGUGGCUGGUUUCAUGAGAUUAUCAGCGAAGAAUGGUCCAUGGUGGUUCUUACAGGACUCACAAGAAAAUGAGGUUGCAAUAUCAUAGGAACGCGUUGAGAUUAAAGGCUGCAUGAUUUUCAAAUGAAGUUAAAGCUUAAGGCAAUGGAGCUACUAUUGAACAACAUACCCAAGAUAGAUCAGCUGUGGUGUAAAAUUUUGCAACUUUAGCUACCUGGAGUAGAAUCAUCCGGUACUGUUCUACUCAAACCUUAGGACUUCAUAGCCUCUUAUUUUUCUUACAAAGUUUGUAUCUUUUGAAGCCACAGAUGUAAAUUUCAUUUGAUAAAUAAAUGGAAGAAAAAUCUUGGUCUGUUUCUA